UUUGCUGGGCACACGGCGCAGUGAAGACAAGAAAGGGGCACUAUUUUAACACAACCUUUUCCCGUGAUCACCACCGAAAAUUACUGACAAGUCAAUCACCUCAGAUCUCUCAAGCAGUCCAGCCUACGCAACAGUACUCCACCUCUGCGCCUGCGCGGGGAGGGUAAGGCGGGGCCAGCAACUUCCUCAGCGGGAGGGAAAGCGCACAGUGGAGCCGCGAGUUGAGAAGGACUCUGAUCCCGCUCAGCUUUCCAAUCAGCAGCGGAAGGAGCCACGCUUUCUGGGUUGCAACAUGGCGGCCACCAGUGGAACUGAUGAACCGGUUUCCGAGGAGUUGGUGUCUGUGGCACAUGCGCUUUCUCUCCCAGCAGAGUCGUAUGGCAACGAUCCUGAUAUUGAGAUGGCUUGGGCCAUGAGAGCAAUGCAGCAUGCUGAAGUCUAUUACAAGCUGAUUUCAUCAGUUGACCCACAGUUCCUGAAACUCACCAAAGUAGAUGACCAAAUUUACUCUGAGUUCCGGAAAAAUUUUGAGACCCUUAGGAUAGAUGUAUUGGACCCAGAAGAACUCAAGUCAGAAUCAGCCAAAGAGAAGUGGAGGCCAUUCUGCUUGAAGUUUAAUGGGAUUGUUGAAGACUUCAACUAUGGUACUUUGCUGCGACUAGAUUGUUCUCAGGGCUACACUGAGGAAAACACCAUCUUUGCCCCCAGGAUACAAUUCUUUGCCAUUGAAAUUGCUCGGAACCGGGAAGGCUAUAACAAAGCUGUUUAUAUCAGUGUUCAGGACAAAGUAGGAGAGAAAGGAGUCAACAAUGGAGGAGAAAAAAGAGCUGACAGUGGAGAAGAAGAGAACACCAAGAAUGGAGGAGAGAAAGGAGCUGAUAGUGGAGAAGAAAAAGAGGAAGGAAUCAACAGAGAAGACAAAACUGACAAAGGAGGAGAAAAAGGGAAAGAAGCUGACAAAGAAAUCAACAAAAGUGGUGAAAAAGCUAUGUAAGGUAUACAGGGAACAGCACUCUAGAAGCUAUGACUCAAUUGAGACUACAAGUACCACGGUGCUACUUGCACACACCCCUUUGGUUAAAUGUAAAUUCUUGUACAAUUGAAGGAUACUCAGGAGGACAUCUUUCUAGUCUAACAGUCAGGAGCUGCUCUGGUCAUUCCCUUGUAUGAACUGGUCUAAAGACUAUUAGUGGGGUGUUAGUUGAUUUUUCCCGGUAUACUGUUUCUUGGCUGACACCACUGGUCAAGUAAGAAAUUUGUAAAUAAAUUUCUUUUGGUUCUUAUUAUCUAUAUCUGUGACUGACUUUAAAAAGGUAUUUGACACUUGAAAUUUUUUUCAAAUAUGUAAUCUCAUCACCAUGUCUUAUAUAAAAUAAUUUACUCCUGUUUCUUACUG